UGUGCAUAGACAAGUUGCUAUCUAAUUUCAUCAAUCGUAUAGUUGUCGUCAUCGCAACUAUUUUCAACAACGUCCUUACCGCGCCAGUACCCAUUUAAGUACUCACCCACCACAGACAACCAUCACCGAAACCGGAACAACUGAAGAAGAGAACGAAGCCAUGUCGUUGGCGAUUCUGUCAGACGAGGAUAUCAGAAAUCUCUUUGAGUCCCUCACUCAUGAUGAGGUAGAUAGAUUUCAACAAUCGCUCAGAUGCGCGUUGCAUGAGUACUCGACGGGGACGCAAUCGAUUGAGGAGGGCCAGAUCCACCAGCCCGACCGCACGACGGUCCAUUCCAACCUCACCAAUGCGACGACGUUGUUCAUGCCCUCAAUGAGCCCAAAUGGCCAUGGAGUGAAAGUCGUAACAAUAUCCAAGCCCCAACUCGAGGACCCCGAAGCGCCCUCGGUUUCGCCCACGGGCUCUCUUACCCUCUUCUCGAAGCACGGCGCACCCGUCGGGUUCCUCCACGCAAAGACCCUGACCGCCUUCCGCACCGCCCUGGCGUCAACAUGCCUGCUCACCAAGCGCGCCGUCGUCCGCACCCUGACAGUCUUCGGGUCGGGUCUACAAGCGUACUGGCAUAUCCGCCUAGCGCUCAUGCUACGGGGUUCCACGAUCCGCACUGUUAACAUUAUCAACCGGCAGUUCUCUGACAACGCCAAAUUCAUUCUCAAGAAAUUCUACGCCGUGGCGCCCGAUACAAAAAGGCGCGAAGGAUGGGAGGCCUGCGAGUUUAGCAUCUUAACGCCUGGAUACGGCGAGUUCGGCAGAUUGCAGAAGGAGCAUAUCCGCGCUGCGGACGUGAUAUACUGCUGUACGCCGAGUACGGAGCCGCUGUUUGACGCUAGGUUGCUUACGAGCCAUGAGGGGAGGCGUAAGGGCAGGCUUAUCGUAGCCAUUGGGAGUUAUACGCCCGAGAUGAAGGAGCUGCCUACGGCGUUACUCGAGCAGGCCACGAGGCCGCCGCAUGGGCAUGCGCACUUUCACAAACAUGCUACUGAGGGGGGCGUGGUAGUGGUGGAUACCCUGGAUGGGGCCAUGAAAGAAGCAGGUGAGAUUAUUGAAGCUGGGUUGGAACCCCGGCAGCUGGUUGAAUUGGGCGAACUGGUCAUGAUACAAAAGGCCCGGCUGGCCCUAAGGGAUGAACACGACUCUACGUACUCACGCACCUCAACCGAAAUAUCCUCUGAUAUGGAGAAACUAGACUUAACACCAGGAAGUCCAGCCCUCUCGGCCGUCUUCGGCUCUGAAAACGGCAAUAACCCACCGACCCCAUCACCGCCGCGGCGGAGCCCGAGCCAUACUGGCAGCAACUUCUUCCGCAAGCGACGGACGUCGAGCACGGGGUCGGUAGACCGGUCCAAGGAGCGCCGCGAGGACCAUCUGAGCAAGUGGCUCACGAGCGGGAACGUCAUCUAUAAAAGUGUUGGUUUAGGGUUGAUGGAUCUGGUGGUUGGUAUGGAUGUAGUGAAUUUGGCCAGGGAGAAGGGGGUAGGGAGUUAUAUUGAGAAUUUCUCGUAGUGUGAGGAUCUUUCUCCUUUGGCGCCUGUCUUCUGAGUACUAUAUUGUCUUGAGAGGAAGGAAGUU